AUCAACUCCCGUCACCGAUUCGCACCAGCUAAUCAUGUCUACCAGCAAGCUUUUCAAAUCAGUCCAAGUUGGCAACCUUGGCCUUCAGCACCGAGUCGUCCUCGCGCCACUAACACGUUACCGCGCGAACAUUCAUCACGUCCAUGGCGACCUCGCUGUAGAGUACUACAGACAGCGUGCCAGUACUGCUGGUACUUUGCUAAUCACCGAGGCCACUUUCAUCGCAGGUAAAGCUGGUGGCUACAAUAAUGUUCCUGGACUCUGGAACAACGAGCAGAUAGACGCAUGGAAGAAGGUCACUGAUGCUGUUCACGAGAAGGGAUCGUUCAUUUUCGCGCAGCUCUGGGCCCUGGGUCGCGCAGCAGAACCAACUAUUCUCGAGAAGGAAGGGUUUGAAUAUACCGCCGCAUCUGAUAUCCCUCUUAAGGAUAAGCCCAAGCCUCGCCCUCUCUCCAUCGCAGAGAUCAAGGAAUACGUGCAGCUUUAUGGUCAAGCCACUGCUAAUGCAGUACAUCGUGCUGGCUUUGAUGGCAUUGAGCUCCAUGGUGCCAAUGGUUACCUCAUAAACCAGUUUCUGCACGAUGUUACGAACAAUCGGACAGAUGAGUAUGGUGGCUCCAUUGAGAACAGAGCUCGAUUCGCUCUCGAAGUUAUUGAUGCAUGCGUCAAAGCCGUUGGAGCCAAGAGGGUUUCCAUCAGGUUGAGUCCUUGGGAAUUCUACAACGAGAUAAGAAUGCAGGAUCCUAUUCCCACCUACAAAUAUCUUGUGUCUCGCAUUGCCGAGCUAUACUCCGAUUUGGCUUAUAUACAUGUAGUUGAACCUCGAGUGAGCGGGUACGAUUUGCGAGACCCACAGGGCGAGUCCAACGACUUCAUUAGAGAUAUCUGGAGACCUCGUCCCCUUAUUAGUGCAGGCGGCUACGACCGAGAUCUCGCUAUUCAAUUUGCAGAUGAGAAGGACGACCUCAUUGCAUUUGGACGCUACUUCAUCUCGAACCCCGAUUUACCGCUUCGUCUGAAAGCGGAUAUUGCCCGGAGCCCAUACGAUCGCAAUACCUUUUACCUUCCGGAGAGCCCGAAGGGUUACAUCGACUACCCAUUCGCCGAUACCAACAAGCUAUAGAAUAUACCUGUACUGAUGCAAAGAUCGUACCAUAUCAUCUUGGUUAAUCGAAUAUAGAACAUGUUUAGCUUGCUGAUUAGUGG